CUCAAAUCUCGCGAGAUCUUGUUCACUGCUGAGUUGUCCCCGCAAGGGAUAUUACAGUGAGACUUUUAGUAGAGGACUACUCGGCUAAGCCCUCCUUUAUAAUCUAUCCCUGCUGGACGAGUCUAACAUUCGCAGAAAGGCAUCUGUAAUCACGACUGUAGCCACACACUGAUAUUUAAGAACUUCAUCUGAAUCAUGGGGAACAUUUUCGGGAGUUUGCUGAAGAGCCUCAUAGGGAAGAAGGAGAUGAGGAUCUUGAUGGUGGGGCUCGAUGCUGCAGGAAAAACAACAAUCCUCUACAAGCUCAAACUGGGGGAAAUAGUCACCACCAUCCCAACCAUUGGGUUUAACGUGGAGACGGUGGAGUACAAGAACAUCAGCUUCACUGUGUGGGAUGUGGGUGGGCAGGACAAGAUUCGCCCCCUCUGGAGACACUACUUUCAGAACACACAGGGUCUAAUCUUUGUGGUGGACAGUAACGACAGGGAGCGUGUGAACGAAGCGCGAGAGGAGCUGAUGAGGAUGCUGGCUGAGGACGAACUGAGAGAUGCGGUCCUCCUUGUGUUUGCCAACAAACAGGACUUACCGAACGCCAUGAAUGCUGCCGAGCUCACAGACAAGUUGGGCUUACACUCCCUGCGUCACCGCAACUGGUACAUCCAGGCCACCUGCGCCACCAGCGGCGACGGCCUCUACGAGGGCCUCGAUUGGCUGGCCAAUCAACUCAAGAACAAGAAGUGAGAAGAAAACUGGAACAAGCUUCCAAACCCGUCCAAGUUUUUACUUGUUUUGGGAAUGGGGGCGGGAGUUAGGUACAGGGGAUUUCAUCAAUAGGUGAAAAGCAAGAUUCUGGGUUUAACGGGAGAUUUUAGGCUUUAAUUUUCAGUCUGUUGCGGUUCCCUUCUUUAAAGCAGAUUCUCAUAUACUUCAUAUUUAACCACUCACGCACACACACACACACACACGAAAAACACACACACACACACACAUACUAAAUGUAAGCAAUCACAGCAGACACUUGCUUUUCCUGUGUCCACCUAUUGUCCUUAGGUGCAAUGUACUGUAUGUUCGUCUCUAGGUGCUGUACCACGUUGUGUGUGACUCCACUGAGUCAGCAAUGAGUCAAAUGUGACUUUUUGUUGAUGUAUGUCUUUCAACUGUCAGUCCUCCAUACAAAGAACUCAUCUGUGUCAGUUGCACUUCCUGUUUUUUUUGUUGUUGUUUUUUUGAUAACAGAGCCAUGUUUGGGAACAAUCACAGCUGGCCGAUUUGAAUGUGUGAGCAAUGCUGAGGCACUUACUCAGAUAAAGUGUGUGAGCGUGCCCACAAACUGUAUGUGUUUGUGCAAGCGGCCCAGUCAGUAUUAAUCAUGAAAAAGACAACAGGACUGGAGUUUCCGCUGUCACACGUCCUCUUACUGCCUCAUUUUGAAAAUCUUUUGAUAUCUGUGGCGUGUUUUUACUCCCUACGUGGCAACCCCAAGCAUUGAAGCCGCCCUUUUUAAAUAUCUGAAAACGCACAACACGCUCUCGACCGCCUGAGCUGCAUGCAUCCUGGUUGAUCUCGCUGGCAUUGUUGCAUACUUUUCCAUCCUCGGAGAUGCAUGCAUGUUGACGCUGUUUGUGGAUUCUCUCUAGCUGCCCUCAUCGUGUUCUGCAUUUAGUUGUUAACAUGCGCUAGGUACAGUAUAGUCAGCUUUAUGGUCUUUUUAACGUGAAAGCAGUAAACAAAACACAACACUCAUGACCUGCACAGCUGUUGCUUGUCUGCCUUCACGUGGGUCCGUACGAGUACUCAAACUGCAUCAGGUUGCUCUCGCUUUCUGUGUUUUUGUCUCAGACUUGUAUAUCGGGGGGGGGGGGAUAACUUUAUGUUACUGAAUGUGAAUAUUGUUGAUGAAUCUAUAAAUGACUGUAAUAUUUAUUUGACAUGCAUAUUCCUUUAUUUCUGUGAUAAUUAUGUGAAUGAAAGCAGGGUAAGCAGACCAAUUAAUUCAUCAGCACAUCCUUGACUCGCUUCUGAACAGCAGACGAGUUACUGCGUCACCACUGAUACCAGCAAAAUCCUCAGACUUCUGAUAAAUAGAACAACUUCUUGUGUGCUAUACAUGGGUACUACUACUCAUAUACCAGUGACAGUACAACAUACUCUAAAUAUACUCCAAGUUAUGAGUACAUUGUUCAUAUUCGCAAGAUAUGUUAAUCAUGAUUUGGAUCAUUUGUUUUUUGUGGCCUUAUAGUGAUAACUUUAUUUGAUUUCUUCUCAGCUUGUUCGGUUCUGAUUUUGAGUCACAUAUAUUGAUCUGUACUGAAUGAUUUACAGCUUUAUUUCUCUACGCUGUCAAAAGACGAUGUUUGCACCACAGUUUAAGAUGAUUAGGCAAAAGUUUUGUCCUUUUUUCUGCCUUCAUUCAUAUUUGGUGGUAGAUUUCUUUGGUUUUCUUUUGGGUGUUUAAAACAUUGAUGUAGACUGUCUGUGAAACAAUGAUAAUCAGUGCGAACAAAAAACAACUUGAUGAUUCACUACCGUUAUAGUUACACAAGUAGAUUUUUUUUUUUAAAAACGGUGAAAACUAUGUUUCAAUGCUGAAUGCAAGGAGACAUCUGUAUGUCAACAAACAAAAUCCUGAUAUAUUAAAAAUAAACCCAUUUUCUCUAUGA